AGAAUUUCGUCGAAAUUCAUGUUGGGCAGUUUAUAAUGAUUUGUUGAAUUAUAAUUAGAUUUUUGUUUGUUUUUUUUUUUAUUAAAAAUACAUGUAAUUAUAAGACUGAAUAUUUUGUUCAUCUUAUAUAUUAACUGUUAACAAUGCCACGUGAUAUACGAUCUUAUUUUACUUGUACUACUAAAAAACCUACAAAUCAAUCUACGGAUAAAUCUACGGAUAAAUCUACGGAUAAAUCUACGGUUAAAUCUACUGUCAAAAAGAAAAAAAGAGCAAUAAUCUCAUCUGACGAAGAGGACACAAAAUCAUGUGCUGUGGUAAAACGUACCAAGUUGACAAAGAAAAUUAACAAGCAUCAUCUUUUAUCUGAUUCUGAUGAUGAAGUUCAAAUAGUGUCAAAUACUAAAAAUGAAAAGGCUGAAGUCCAAUUGAUUAAUGAUACACAAAAUGUAUCUCAUAUAACAAAUAAACCGGUAAGCACAAUUUCGCCAGCAGAAAUGUUUAGUAAAACAUCAGUGACACGAGAAACAAUGCCAAGAGUGAAAAAGAAGCCAAAGACAAAGGAAGCUAAAACUCAUUUAGAUGACGAGUUUGAGUUUACAUUGAGCAAGUUAGAUACAACAAUAAUUGAAAAAGAAUAUUUACAAGGUGUCAAAGAAAAUGAAUAUGAAAACAAAGAAGACGAUAAGAAAGAUAAAAAAGAUAAUAAGAUAGAUGAUCAGAUAGAAAGUGAAAAAAGUAAUACUUCAAAUAAAGAGAAGAAGCAUAAUAUGUCUGUUGAUGAUGAAAUAUCUUAUAAAAAAGAAGAUAUAAAACAAAAAGAUAAAUCUUCUAGUAAUAAAGAAUUUUCUUUAACCAAUGUAGAACAUAAUAUUGAUAAAAGAAUAAAAAAUUCUUCUAAAAAAUCAUUGAAACGUACUAAACAUACUUCUGCGAUAGAAAUUGAACCUAAAAGAUUGAAAAAAGAGAAUGCUAAUAGUUCAAUGUCAGAUGAAUAUGAAGAAAGGAUUCAAAUGAAAAAACAAAAUUCAAUAUUAUAUCAGAAAUAUCUUCAAAGAGGUGGUGCAAGAAAUCCUGGUUCUAAGGAAGUUCCACAGGGCGCAGAAUAUUGCUUAGCAGGUCUAAGUUUUGUAAUAACAGGUGUUUUGGAUUCGUUAGAAGAUAAUGAAGCUAAAGAAUUAAUUACAAAAUAUGGUGGUCGUAUCUUGCAUCAAGUAUCAAAAAAUACAGAUUAUCUGAUAGUAGGAGAAGAAUAUGGACCUGCAAAGAUGGCAAAGGCCAAUGAGUUAAAGAUAAAGAAAAUAUCUGAAGAUGACUUGUUGGAAUUUAUAAGAACAAGACCUAAAGGAAAAGCUGAAGAUGUAAAGCAAUCAAAGCGUGCAAAAUCAAAAGAAAAACCAAUGUCAAAGGUUGAACCCUCUGCAAUAUCAAAACCACAGAAAAAUGUGAAAGAAACAAUGGAACCUAUAAAAAGUACAGUGGAACUUGUGAAAGAAACAACGAUACCUGUGAAGGAAACAACGAAAACUGUGAAAGAAACAACAAAAUCUGUAGAGGAAACAGCAGAAUCUGUUAAAGAAACAGAAAAACAUGUAAAACAUACACAGUCUUCAGUAACGAAAUUAGAUACUAAAGUAGCAAAUAAUGCUAUAAUAACGGAGAAUUGUGAAGUAUUAGUUGAUAAAUAUAGACCGAAAACUAUGAAACAAAUAUUAGGACAACAAGGGGAUAAAAGUUCUGCGAAGAAGUUAUAUACUUGGUUAUUAAAUUGGCAUAAAAAUCAAAAUGGAACUAAAAAACAUACCAAACCUAGUCCCUGGGCAAAAAAUGAUGAUGGAGCAUUUUUCAAAGCUGCUCUAUUAUCUGGACCACCCGGUAUUGGUAAAACUACUACUGCUCAGGUUGUAUCUAAUGAAUUAGGUUUCGAUCUGUUAGAAUUUAAUGCUUCUGAUACAAGAAGCAAGAAACUUUUAAAAGAAGAAGUUUCUGAAAUUCUAUCGAAUACAACAAUAAAGAAUUACUUUAGUAAUCAAAAAGGAGAAGGAAAAGUUAAACAUGUAUUAUUAAUGGAUGAAGUUGAUGGUAUGGCUGGUAAUGAGGAUCGUGGAGGUUUGCAGGAAUUAGUCAGCUUAAUCAAAUCUACAGAUGUACCAAUAAUUUGUAUUUGCAAUGACCGGAAUAAUCCAAAAAUGAGAACCCUCUCCAAUUAUACAUUUGAUCUCAGAUUUCAAAAACCAAGAUUAGAGCAAAUCAGGGCAGCAAUGAAGUCAAUAUGUUAUAAAGAAAAUAUAAAAAUAUCAACAGAACAACUCGAUCGUUUAAUUGAAUCAACCAAUCAAGAUAUUCGUCAAGUGAUUAAUCAUUUAUCAUUAUUAAAUGAAAAAUCUGAUAAUGUAACAAAGACAGAGAGUAAACCAAAUAAAGAUUUAAAAUUGGGUCCUUGGGACGUAGUGAAAAAGGUUUUAAGUUUUGAGGAACACAAAAAUAUGAGUAUUAAUGAAAAAAGUGAUCUUUUCUUUCAUGAUUAUAAUAUAGCAUCAUUGUUUGUGCAAGAAAAUUAUCUUUCAGUUAUACCUGCAGCACCAAAAACUGAAUUAUUAGAAAGAGUUGCACAAGCUGCAGAGAGUAUAGCAUUAGGAGAUGAUAUAGAAAAAGAAAUUCGAAGUAACAAUGCUUGGUCUCUUCUGCCAAUUCAAGCUUGUUUUUCUUCAGUUAUUCCUGGUAAUAUGAUGUCCGGAGAUAUAAAAAAUCAAAUUAAUUUUCCAUCCUGGCUUGGGUGUAACUCAAAAAAGAAUAAAUUUGAUAGAUUAUUGCAAGAGAUUACUGUACACACACGUUUAAGUACUGGUGCGAAUAAGGCAGCUAUCAAUUUAGAUUAUUUAAAUCAUAUAAAAGAUGCAAUUAUUAAACCUUUGGUUAACAAUGGUACUGAAGGAGUAGAUGAAGCGGUUAAUGUUAUGAACCAUUAUCAUUUAUUAAGAGAGGAUUUAGAUUCCUUAAAUGAAGUUUCUUUGUGGCCAGGACAACGUAAUUCACUUCAAGCUGUUGAUAGUAAGGUAUUAGCAUCAUUUACCAGAACAUAUAAUAAAAAAUCUAGUGGUGUACCUUAUACUAUUAAUAACAGUAAAGCAAAAAAAUCUGUAGCAGCUUCGCAAGAAGAUGUAGAAUUUGUAGAUGAUAUUAAUUCAGAUGAAGAGGAAGAUAACAUUGAUACUGAUAAAAUGAUUAAGGCAAAAAAGCCAACGGCAAAAAAUAAAAAAGAAACAGAGAAAAAAAGUAGUGAUAAACCUUCCACCAAACGUGGAAAAGGGAGCAAUAAGAAAAAUAAUUUUUUGUAAGGAAACAUAUGCAUGUAUUACAUGCCACACACACACAUAUAUAUAUAUAUAGCUUGCCUUCUGCGAUUCAUUAAUGUAAAUGUUUUGUUCAAAGUACGAUUCAUUGCAAACAAGUACAAAUCUGUAAGACUUUUAAGUUAUAUGGUACAGCAGCUCUGUUGUACACUAAAAAUAUAUAUAGUUUCUAAAUAUUUUUUUCUGACAAUAUAUACAAUAUAAUUAAGAAAUUUUAAUAACGAA